UCCUUGUCUAACCUAACUCCAGGAUCCGGAUCGCUGGUAGCCUGGUUACUUUCCGCAAACACGCACUGUACAUGUAGAAUGCAGCUUCAGAUUUCUCUGGAACCUGUGACUGUAGGCUACCGGACAGUAGAGAUAUGUCAUGAGUGAUGAUAAUGAUUGGUUGGAAGCAGUAGUCAUUGACAAUGGAUCCGGAUCCUGUCAAGCGGGGUUUGCAGGAGAGGAUGCCCCUCAGUCUGUUUUUCCGUCGGUAGUGGGAAGACCCAGAUAUCAGACAAGAUUACACAGUACCGCAUGGUCAGACAGCUAUGUGGGAGAUAAAGCCUUGUCCAUUGGUGGAGCUGUGGCACUCCGUUACCCUAUUGAGAGGGGUAUAAUAACUGACUGGCAUGAUAUGGAAUUAUUAUGGCAGCACGUUUUUGAGAGUGAAUUAAGAACAAAGUCUGAAGAAAAAAAGGUUCUCAUGACAGAUGCAGUUCACACUCCAGUGGGAAACCGUGAAAAAAUGACACAGGUAAUGAUGGAAAAAUUCAAUGUUGCUGCUUUUUAUGUGAUAAACCAAGCCAUUCUUUCACUGUAUGCAUCAGGAAGGGGAUGUGGAACAAUAGUGAAUAUGGGAGAUGGAGUCACUCAUGUCUAUCCAAUUUAUGAAGGGUUUACUGUCUUAUCAGCAAGUAGGCGACUGGAAUUAGCAGGAAGAGAUCUAACAUUCUAUUUACAGAAACUUUUAUAUGAGAAAGGCUAUUCAUUCACCACUUCGGUGGAGAUGGAGAUUGUGAAGGAUAUGAAGGAACAGCUAUGUUUUGUCAGCCAGGAUUAUCAGAAAGACCUUCACACAGCAUCCUCCUCCUCAGAUUUGGAGAAAUCUUACAAAUUGCCGGAUGGCAAUGAAAUUAAAUUAAGAAGUGAACGGUUUCAAUGUCCCGAAGCCAUGUUUCAGCCAUCAAUGCUCGGGAUGAACUCUGGUGGAGUCCAUGAGGUUCUCAACAACAGUAUCAUGGCUUGUGAUAUAGAUCUGAGAGGCUUAUUAUACAACAAUGUCAUUGUUUCUGGAGGAACUACGAUGUGCUCAGGUAUUGUCGACAGACUGCAAUCUGAAGCGCGAGCACUCACACCAGACCACUUACGGGUGCAUGUAGUGGCACCCCCGGAGAGAAAGUAUUUAUCUUGGAUUGGAGGAUCCAUUAUUGCAUCCUUAUCAACGUUCCAACAAAUGUGGAUUACCCAGGAGGAGUAUAAUGAAUUUGGACCCAACAUAGUUCAUCGGCGGUGCAAGUACUAAUGUAGAGAAAACGAUAUUGAUGUGUAGAUAUUUUAAGAUUCCAUCUGAUAUACGUAAAUAGACUUCUGUGAAAGUGGAUCAUGUACGAUAUAUAAAUAGACGCAUCAUUCAUUUUGCGAUUGAAGGUGGACAAUACACAAAUCUAUCAGGUAUUCGUAGGCCUGAAUUAUGCUCCCUGAUCUGGGGGUAUUACAACGCUUUGGACACUGUGAUAAACUUUUCCAUUUCUAGUAUAUAAAGUGAAAAAGGGCUAUGAUCCCAAAACAGGUCACUGACCGCCUGGAAUUUAUGGCAAUACUGAAAUUGUGUCUGAAUCAUUUCUUGCACACUGUAAGGUCCAGCACCACCAAACCUGGUCAGCUGAUGCAUCUUUGGAGGAAAACGCGGGAUUUUAAUGUAGGUCACUGUGGUCUCGUUUUGGAAUUUUAUGGUGUGCCCGGAUCAUAUAUUGCACACUGUAAGGCCUAGUAUCAUGAAACCUAAUGUGCUGAUAGAGAACAUCAGGCAUCUUACAGUAAUUUUAUUCCAAUGUAAUUGCAAAUGACAGCAUCAUGGCUUGUGAGUUUGAGUAUGCAAAAAUAAAUAUACAUGUGUACAUGUAGUGUACAUUA